GUCUUUCAAUCGUGAUUCGUCGUUUAUCAGUUUGUACGAUUAGCGUGUUGUUAAGUUUUUUCCAUAUCAAAUCUAUGUGGUGCAAUUAAUCAGGAUUAAUAGGAAAAUUAAUAGCAAAUAUUGCUUAUAUUAUAAAUUCUUGAGAUAAUAUUUCGAUAACGAGCGGCGACAGCAGCGUUUUCUCUCAUUUCUGAGAUACUGAAGGACUAUUCGGAAAAUCUCCGAGAUGGCUGCGACCAAUAAAUCGACGAAGAGGACUUAUAAGGCGCCCGCACCUGGGGAAGAAAUUGUCAUCUCUGGUAUCGCCGGUAGAUUUCCAGAUUCCAACAAUAUGGAUGCACUCAAGAACAAUCUGUUGAAUAAAGUGGACCUGGUCACGGACGAUGAUCGCCGGUGGAAAUUGGAUCAUCCGGAUAUACCCCAGCGAACAGGAAAGAUUAACAAUGUCAGCAAGUUCGACGCGUUGUUCUUCGGGGUUCACUUCAAGCAGGCCCAGACGAUGGACCCGAUGUGCAGAAUGUUACUGGAGCACGCUUACGAGGCUAUCAUCGACGCAGGAAUAAAUCCGAAGCAAUUACGUGGAUCGCGAACGGGUGUCUUUGUGGGCGCAUGUUUCUCGGAAUCUGAAAAGACCUGGUUUUACGAAAAGUUACAGAUAAACGGUUUUGGAAUUACUGGAUGCAGCAGAGCCAUGAUGGCGAAUAGAAUUUCUUACUGGCUAGGAGUAACUGGACCAUCUUACACUUUGGAUUCCGCUUGCAGCUCGAGUUUGUUUGCUCUAGAACAUGCUUACCGAUGCAUACAAGACGGUCAAUGCGAUGCCGCUAUUGUAGGAGGAGCGAAUCUAUGUCUACAUCCCUACGUAUCGCUGCAAUUUUCUCGUCUUGGGGUUUUGUCGCGCGACGGUCGCUGUAAAUCCUUUGACACCGACGCGGAUGGUUACGCUCGCAGCGAGGCCGUUUCCGUGGUGUAUCUGCAGAAGGCGAAGUAUGCGAAACGAAUCUACGCCACGGUCGUCUAUGGCAAGACAAAUUGCGACGGUUACAAGGAGCAAGGCAUUACGUUCCCGUCGAGCGCGAUGCAAAGCAGUCUUCUGCAAGAAUGCUACAAUGAUUGCGGUUUGUCCCCGACCUGCCUGUCCUUCCUAGAAUGCCACGGUAUCGGCACUAAAAUCGGCGAUCCUGAAGAGAUUGUUGCGAUCGAUUCUGUCUUCAGUAAAGGCAGAGAGACUCCUCUCUUGAUCGGUGCCGUCAAAUCAAACCUGGGCCACUCUGAGCCCGCUAGCGGCCUUUGCCAAGUUGCCAAGAUGAUAAUAGCGAUGGAAACUGAUAUAAUUCCUGGUAAUUUGCAUUACAACCGGCCGCGAGAAGGCGUGAAAGCCCUUGAAGAAGGAAGAUUUAAAGUCGUUACCGAAUCUACACCUUGGGAAGGUGGUUACGUGGGAAUUAAUUCUUUUGGUUUCGGAGGUGCCAAUUGCCAUAUCAUAUUGAAAUCCAAUCCGAAAAAGAAGAUCAAUAAUGGAGCUCCAUCCGAUGAAUUACCGAGAUUGGUAAUGGUGUCUGGACGUACUGAAGAUUCUGUCAAAGUAUUCUUAGACGCUAUCGAGAAGCAUCCAGUAGACGUUGAAUAUAUUCGCCUACUGCAUGAGAUACACACUGAUGAUAUUCAAGGACACCUGUAUCGAGGAUAUACGAUAGUCGGGUCGAAGACGGCGGAGCAUCCUGCGCGAGAAACGGAAAAUUAUUUGGGAACAACGAGACCGAUUUGGUUUGUGUUUUCCGGAAUGGGAUCGCAGUGGCCCGGCAUGGGUACCGAUUUGCUGAAAUUCCCUAUUUUUGCUGAAGCUAUUCAGAAAUGUGACGCUGCCUUACGACCACGUGGGAUAGACAUUAUUCACAUUUUAACAACUAAGGACAAGUCUAUCUUUGACAAUAUCUUGCAUUCGUUUGUGGGUAUCGCAGCGGUACAGAUUGGUUUAGUUGAUUUACUCACAUCGGUGGGCAUCGUGCCGGAUAACAUCAUCGGUCAUUCUGUCGGAGAGCUCGGUUGCGCUUACGCGGACAGAACCAUCACUGCCGAACAAAUGAUCUUAUCAGCAUACUCGAGAGGUUUAGCAUCCAUCGAAACCGAAGUAAUUUACGGUUCGAUGGCGGCUAUCGGUCUUGGUUACGAAGAGAUGAAAAAUAUGUGUCCACCGGAUAUCGAAGUGGCUUGCCAUAAUGCUUCAGACAGCAGUACUAUUAGCGGACCCGCAGAGUCACUGAAGAAUUUCGUUGCCGAACUACAGGCUAAGAACAUCUUCGCGAAGGAAGUGGCUUGCAGCAACAUACCCUACCAUAGUCGUUACAUCGCACCCGCCGGACCGAAACUAUUGGCAUACAUGAGCGAAAUAAUUCCUCAGCCGAAACCGCGCAGCCGAAAGUGGUUGAGCACAUCCGUACCUCGCAGCAAAUGGUCCACCGCGUCCGCCAAGUUGUCGUCCGCCGAGUACCUCACCAACAAUCUCCUGAGUCCUGUACUGUUCGAAGAAACUGCUCGUAUGAUACCGAAGGACGCAGUGACCAUUGAGAUCGCGCCCCACGGCCUCCUGCAGGCGAUCCUAAGGAGAUCUCUCGGUUCGGGAGUCACGAACAUUGCGCUCACUCAACGCGGUCACAGAGACAACACCGAGGUUGUUUUGCAAGCGAUCGGCAAGCUCUACAAUAAUGGAUUACAGCCUGAUAUCACGAAACUCUACCCUCCUGUUGAAUUUCCGGUUAGCCGUGGUACCCCAAUGAUUUCACCUUGCGUUAGAUGGGAACAUUCCGAAGAUUGGUAUGUAACGACGUUCAAGAUGCAAAAAAAGGUCACUUCUGGGGAGAGAAUUGUUAAUUUGACAUUGGCGGAUGAAAAUAUUGCGUACAUGGCUGGCCAUAUCGUUGAUGGGAAAAACUUCGUACCUGCCAUAGGAUAUCUUUCUUUAGUUUGGGAAACUCUAGGUUUGCUGCAGGCAGAAAUAUAUACAGAAAUGUCGGUCGUCUUUGAAGAUAUCAACUUCCUGCGAGCUAUUCAAAUUCCAAAGGAAGGCGAAGUUCAACUAACGGUGAUGGUUCAAAAAGGCACUGGAAGAUUCGAAGUAUCAGAAGGUGGAACUGCAGUUGUGAACGGGUUGAUUUGCGUCACGAAGAACCCUGCGCAGGAAAAGGUCCCGACCACACUUUUCCCGACAGAUGAAGACGAGGAGGAAGUGAUGACUACCAAGGAUAUCUACAAAGAACUAAGUCUGCGCGGUUAUCAGUAUUCGGGCAUCUUUCGUUCUUUGAAGAGCGCAUCAAUCUCAGGGAAGAAGGGACACAUCGCUUGGGUUGGCAAUUGGGUGACGUUCCUCGAAAAUAUGCUGCAAAUGAUGGUUUUGGGAAUGGACACUAGAACUUUGUACGUCCCCACGAAAAUACAAAAGAUUGUGAUCGAUACCAAGUUUCAACAGAAAAAGGCUCAACAGCUAGAUUCGGAAGAUAAAUUCGCAGAAUUUCCGGUAUAUGUAUAUAAAGACUUGGAGACUAUAGUGUCAGGUGGGAUCGAAAUUCGUGGCGUCAAGGCCACAGCCGUAUUUCGUCGACUGCCGGCUAUCGAACCGGUUCUCGAGGAGUAUAAGUUUGUGGCACAUCACGACAGAACAAAGAUAUCUCUACAAGAGGCGAUCAGAUUGGCCACGCACAUCGCGAUUGAGUAUCAUCAGGCUCUGAAUGUCAAAACCAUCGAACUGAUCGAUGACUCUGAUAAUGUGACGUCUAACGAAUUGGUAUCUCCUAUACUUGUCAAGAUUUUGGCUGACUUACCCUUGGUUCAACCGAAUGUACUUUUGACAGCAUCACCUAAUCGAUUUGACGAUAACGCUUUGCCGCCAAAUGUGACUUAUAUAAACUCUCUAAAACAACUGUCCAACGAAGAGAACGCUUUGCUCGCUGUCGGUGUCGAACUUCUAACAAGAAAAAAGAGCGAUCAACUGGAGGAAAUUCUAUCGAAAUUGCGGAACGGUGGUUUUGUGUUGACACGGGAGAAAUUAUCCAAGUCUGAGAAUCUUUCGGCGCUCUCAAAAUACAACUUAGAUGUGAUUCUAGAGAAAAAUACCAGCACUGAGAAUAUCAUACUUUUGAAGAAGAAAGAACAAUCGAUUAAGAAAACAGAUGUUAUCCACAUUAACAACAACGAAUUCACCUGGCUCGAAAAGCUAAAUUCGAUUAUGAACCUGGAAAACGUGACUAUCGAUAAUAGGAGGAUAAUACUUGUCGGCGAGAAAGAUCCCGAGUGUGGCUUGCUGGGCCUCGUGAACUGUUUGAGAAAGGAGCCGGGCGGAGAAAUGAUUAGAAGCAUAUUAAUACAGGAUACCGAAGCUCCCGAGUUUUCUCUACAGAAUCCUCUGUACGCGAACCAGCUUCAACUAAAUUUGCCUAUUAAUGUAUUGCGACCAGGAAAAACAUGGGGAUCUUAUAGACAUGAACCAGUGUCGAGUUCGUCAAAGUCGUUGAAGCCUGUCUACCAUGCGUUUGUUGAUCAAAUGAUUAGCGGCGACUUGAGCUCGCUUCAUUGGAUCGAGGGUCCUAUGCGUCCUGAUGCUAAUCAAGAGGAUUUGGUCCAUGUAGUAUACUCGCCUAUCAAUUUCAAAGAUGUCAUGUUUGCUACCGAAAAACUUGUUCUGAACACGAUCUCAGUUAGCACUCGAUUUAAUGAAUGUUUGAUUGGCUUGGAAUAUGUUGGUAUCGAUACCGCUGGCCAACGUGUGAUGGGAAUUUGUGAAAAUAGGGGCAUAUCAAAUAUAAUAGUACCUGAUAGAAACUUAUGCUGGCACGUGCCUGACAAUUGGUCGCUGGAGGACGCAGCGACCGUAUCAUAUGCAUACGCGACGUGUUACUAUUCACUAUACAUGAAUGCCGGGAUGAAGAAGGGAGACAGGCUACUUAUUCAUUGCGGCAGCGGUGGUGUUGGUCAAGCGGCGAUUCAUCUCGCUCUUCACGAGAACUGCGAGAUUUUCACAACCGUGGGAACGCCCGAGAAACGCAAAUUUAUCCGCGAAAUGUUUCCGUCUAUCCCGGAUGAUCAUAUCGGCUGCUCGCACGAUACUAGUUUCGAACAAAUGGUACUUACGCGAACGCACGGCGCCGGCGUGGACAUCGUUCUUAACUGCUUAACUGAAGAGAAACUUCAAGCGUCGGUCCGCUGUCUGGCGCAGGGUGGUCGUUUCCUGGAGAUCGGUAAAUUCGAUCCUGUCUCGAAUCAGUUAGGCAUGAUGAUUUUCCUGAAAGAAGUCAGUUUUCAUGGAAUUUCGUUGGAAAAUUUGUUCAUCAACUUGCAAGAGAAAAUAAGUCUUAAAGACUAUUUGACUGAGGGCUUGAAGAAUGGAGCUAUUAAGCCCCUCGUUAGAAAAGUCUUUGAAAGGAACGAAGUAGAAGCGGCUUUCAAACAUAUGACGACUGGAAAGCACAUAGGCAAAGUAAUCUUAAAGGUUUGCGACGAAAAACAGGCUGGAAAGGUACCUAUUCUUGCUCGGCCUCGAUAUUACUGCAACGAUAAGAAAAGCUAUCUCAUUCUGGGUGGAUUGGGCGGUUUUGGCUUGGAAUUGGCCGAUUGGCUGAUACUCCGAGGUGCCAAGAACUUAGUGCUAACAUCAAGAACGGGAAUAAAGACCGGUUAUCAGCGUAUGAGGGUCGAUCUAUGGAAAUCAUAUGGCGUGAACGUGCUGAUUAUUACAGGCGCUGAUGCUUCAAAUCGUGAUAAUUGCGAAUUUAUAUUAAAAUCUGCAGAAAAACAAGGUCCGGUAGACGCCAUCUUCAAUCUCGCCGUGGCAUUGAAGGAUAGCAUUUGUCAGAAUCAAACGCCAGAAUCGUUUGAGGAGUCCUUCAAGGCGAAAGCUUGGUCCACCAAGAAGCUGGACGAGCUAUCCAGAAAGCUGUGUCCUCAACUUCGGCAGUUUGUAGUAUUCUCCUCGGCUUCCUGCGGACGAGGAAACGCCGGACAGACGAAUUACGGUAUGGCCAACUCCGUGAUGGAGAGAAUAUGCGAGCGCAGAGUGGCGGAUGGCUUCCCGGGAUUGGCCAUUCAAUGGGGUGCAAUCGGCGACGUUGGUCUCGUUACCGAGAAGCAAGAUAAGGAAUUAGUCGUUAACGGUAUCUCCCAGCAGAAAUUAUCUUCUUGUCUCGAGAAGCUGGAGGACUUUUUGUUGCAAGAUCAACCAGUAGUGUCUAGCAUGGUGGUGGCUGAGAAGCGUGUAGGUACCUAUGCUACCAGUGUUGCUGAGACUGUAGCGAAUAUAAUGGGCGUGGAAGAUUCGAAAACUGUAUCUCAGGAUGAAUCGUUGGUUAAGCUCGGAAUGGAUCCGAUGAUGGCUGUAGAAAUCAAGCAAACGCUGGAACGUGAGUUCGACGUCUUCCUCACUUCGCAAGACAUUCGCGCCUUGACUUUCGCCAAACUGGCUGAGAUGCGCGGUAAAGACGCGGACCAGCAAACUGAGAUUGACGAACAGAAUGCCGAAAUACCUGGCAUGCAAUUGUUGAUUCGGAACAUGGGUAACGAGAACAUGAUUUCCGAUAUAUGCAUGGAAUUGCUGAGCAGGAGAGAUCCGCGCAAGGUCGAGGUAUUCCUCUUGCCGGGAAUAGAAGGUUGUGGACAAGUAUUUAAUCCAUUGGCCUCGAAAAUCAGGCCGAGAGCAACGGCCUUGCAAUAUGGCACAAAUAAUAUCGGGCUCGAUUAUGAAAAUAUAACAGAAUACGCCGAUCAGCUUUUACCGUACGUUUUACCAACGGCGGAAAAGCAGCGAACUUUCAUUCUAGUUGGAUAUUCGUACGGUUCAUUAGUGACUAUCGAAUUGGCAAGACGAUUAGAAAAUCAAGGCUUGAAUGGGCGACUAGUGCUGAUUGACGGUGCGCCUGAUUUAAUAAAAGCUAUGAUAGAGCAACAUUUGCCAUAUCAAACGAAGGAGGAACUUCAGAAUAAUAUUUUGUUCUACACCAUGGAUAGUUUACAACCAGCCGCAAGUGGAAAGCUACUUUUAGAUUUCAAUGAGUGCACGACCUGGGAGCAGAAAUUGGAUAGCUUUGUGUCCCAGCUAGCUUCCGAUAAGAUAUCUAUUGAAAACCAAAGAGCGUUAUGCACAACUUUGUACAAUCGUAUCCUCGCUCUUGAAAAGUACGACGCUUUAGCCUUGCCGCAAAUUCGAUCGCCCAUAAUACUCUUGAAAUCUUCGCAGUCAUCUGUUCAAAUGGAUAAAGACGAUUAUGGUCUGUCCAAGAUUACGCGAGAUAAGGUGGAGGUGCAUUGCAUUGAAGGCAACCAUAUUACAAUAUUGGAUAGUGAUAAAGUUAUAGCCGCGAUCAACGGAGAACCAUUGAUCGAUCCUAAAGAAUUUAGGAAACUCUUAUCCGAAGAUCGGCCACUCGAAUGUGAUGAUGCAGAACAUACGAGAGUCUAAAUUAUAGCUAGAACAUGUUCUCGUUCUUGUUUAAUAUGUAUCUGUUUACAUUUAGAAGAAGAAAAUAUAUAUGUAUGUGCAAUUGAGAAAUGUUUACUUUAGUUUAACAAUUACAGACUUCUUAAUAAAUAACGAGUAAUGAUUAAAA